AAUACAAAAAUAUAAAACGGAGGAAAUUUUGAAAGAAAAAAAAAAAUGAAACAGAGGAGAAAUGGGAAUUAGGGCUUACAGUGAUAAUAACAGCACCGAUUACCCAACUCAAUUGCAAAUCCUUGGAAGGGGAAGGAAGCCUUAUGACUCUUGUUCAGCUGAUUUUCUGCUUAUUCAUGUGAACUGAAUCGAAACAUGGCUGUCGUUGAUGUCACCAAAUCUUGCCUCGAUUCCAUUAGCCAGAUAUCGGAGCACAUUGAAGGUUCUGUUCUUUACUUAGAUGCUGGAUGUACAAAGAGCUUCCAGUACACAGGAGCGUUUCCCCUGUUACUGAACCAUGGAGUACGUGCUCUGUGUAGUUUGGAAAACAUUUCUUCUCUUGAUACGGUGGUUGAUUGGAAUGCAAAUUCUGAUCCUGUAAGGAAAGUUGUGGUGAUCACUUCUCGUCUACUAAGUGAUGCACAUCGAUAUAUUUUACGUUGUCUGAGCACACAUCAAGCUGUAGAUUGUUGUACUGUAUUCACAUCUGUUUCAGAGAUAGCUCAUUCAGCGUAUCCUGAUUCACCUCUGGGACCAGAUGCAUUUCAUGAAUACGAGUCCUUGCUUGUCCAAGAUUAUGAGGAGCUUGUUAAGAAAGAUAAGAAAAAUUCCAGACGGACAGAAGGCAGCAACUUAAAGGACAUAUCUCAAAAUGAAGCUAGUUUAAGUGCAAGAAAUUUCAUUGAAGACAAGUCAGUAGCUGAUACAGAAGAUGUAGGGAAAAAACUGGUUGUUUCUGUGCAUCACUUCCCCAUGAUUUUGUGCCCCCUUUCACCAAGAGUAUUUGUUUUACCUUCAGAGGGAUCAGUUGGUGAUGCAUACUUAUCAGUUAAACAUGAGGAUGCUCUUAGUCCAGGGUUGCCCCCCUUAAGUACUGGAUUGCUUUCUGAUGGUGACGAUAUUCCUGCCGGGGCAACGCUUACAGCAAAUUUUCUUUACCAUCUUGCUGCAAAGAUGGACUUGAAGAUGGAAAUAUUUUCACUUGGUGAUCUCUCAAAAACUGUGGGGAAAAUUAUGACAGACAUGUCAAGUCUUUAUGAUGUAGGUCGCCGUAAACGAUCCGCAGGGCUAUUACUCAUUGAUCGUACACUGGAUCUUCUUACUCCAUGCUGUCAUGGAGAUUCACUUGUUGAUUGUAUGUUUUCAUCCCUGCCCCGCAGGGAAAAAACAACAUCCUCCGCCCACCUAAAAAGCUCACAAAACCAACUCAAGCAUGGCCCUUCUAACCUGGAACGUGCUUCUCUUGAUGUUCAAAUACCACUUGCCCUAGUUCUACGUGAAGAAGAUAACAACACAGAUAACUUUAGGCUUUUAGAAAGCAUUGAAGCUUUUCUGUGCGGGUGGGAUUCUGGGAACUCUGCCUCUCAGGUUUUGGAUUUGAUGAACCUAAAGAACAAAGUUCAUAAUGAGAAGCCGCUUGAGUUCGAGAAUGAGCUUCUUAGUGGGUCUUUUGUUUCUACAGAAAGUUUUCGUGGAACACCAUACAUGGAAGCUAUACUAGACAGGAGAACAAAAGAUGGAGCUGUACUGGUGAAGAAGUGGCUUCAAGAAGCUCUUCGUCGGGAAAAUAUAACUGUGAAUGUCAAAUCGCGUCCUGGUUUUGUUACAAAGUCAGAGUUGCAACUUAUGGUAAAAGCCCUAGCUAAAACGCAGUCAUCUUUACUGAGAAAUAAGGGAAUUAUUCAAUUAGCAGCAGCUGCUCUGGUUGCCCUUGACGAAUCUAAUUCGGCCAGAUGGGAAGCAUUUAUGAGUGCAGAGAGAAUAUUGAGUGUUGUAAGUGCUGGAGACACAACCCAGAGUCUUUCUGCUCAAAUUGACGAUCUUAUCAAUAAGACGGCUCUGAUGGGAUUGCAUGGACAGAAGAACAAAAAGUCGGAGGCCUCAAAAGGACUACUUUCUUUUCAGGAUGCCUUGCUCCUUAUGAUUUCUGGAUAUAUAUUAGCCGGUGAGAAUUUUCCGACAUCUGGGUCUGAUGGCCCUUUUUCUUGGCAAGAGGAGAAAUUGUUGAAGGAUUCUAUUGUUGAAGCAAUUCUUGAAAACCCGUCAAUAGCAAAACUCAAGUUUCUUCAUGGUCUAAUGGAAGAGCUCGAGACCAACUUAAGCAGGAUCAAAUCCGAUGAAAGUAAAGAAACGUCUUCUGAUCAAAUAGACAUCGAUGAUUUUGACGACGAUCAGUGGGGUAAAUGGGGCGAUGAAGAAGUUGAUAAUAAAAAUAACAGUAAAGAGCAAGUGUACAGUGACAUGCAGCUGAAGUUGGAGCUGCGUGAUAGGGUGGAUAAUCUUUUCAAAUUCCUUCACAAGCUAUCUAGUUUGAAGAGUAGGAACAUACCAUUGAAGGACGGGUCAUUGUCUUCAGAAAAUAAUUUCAGUGGAGAUCCAUAUGCAAGCAGAGGACUGCUAUAUAAGCUUCUAACAAGGGUUUUGGCGAAGAACGACGUACCUGGUCUGGAGUAUCACUCGUCUACUGUGGGACAACUUUUUAAAAGUGGUUUCAGAAGAUUUGGCCUUGGGCAGGCAAAACCAAGUUUAGCCGACCAAAAUAUCAUCCUGGUUUUUGUCAUUGGAGGAAUCAAUAGCGUCGAGGUUCGUGAAGCUCAAGAGGCAUUAUCCGAGAGUGGAAGGCCGGAUAUUGAAUUGAUUCUUGGAGGAACAACUCUCCUUACUCCUGACGACAUGCUCGACUUACUACUGGGCAAGUCUAGUUACUUCUGAUUGUUUAACGAUUGACAGUGGCCAAUAGGUGAAUCUCAAAUAUGUUUUGGUUAGCAAUUCAAUUUACUCUCCGUGUCCUGAAUGCUUAACUGUGCUGAAACUUUCAGCCCUACGUUGUGUACGCGUUUGAUGAAUGUAAGAUCAAAGACUUGAGAUCGUACAAAUUAGGGUUUUGAAUUUAUCUCAUAGAGGGUGGGAUGGAAUUUGGCAUGGAGAUUUCGGUGCUUUGAGAUCAAAUUCGUUUGGGGGGAAAAGAGGUGGAGGGGUGGAGGAUGACUAACGGUGGUUGGGGUUGGGGCAUGUGAGUGGAGAGUUGGGUGCAACUUAGGUUGGGUCAACCUGAAUCUAUCCAUGUCCGAUUAGAUUUUAAACUUGAUCGAGUGGGUCAUUAUGAAGUAAAAAGCCCGUCCAUGUCAACCCAAAUCCAACUUGAAUUCCAUCUCAAAUUCUCUCAUGCACAUAUUAUUCACCCUACAUAAUAUUAUAUAAUAUAAAUAUAUAUAAUUGAAGUUAUGUUGUUGAUCUUGAUUUGAACAAUGAAUAAUAAUGGUGCGUUCAGUUU